GAGAGAGAGAGAGAGAGAGAGAGAGGAGGGGAAUAUAAAGGAAUAAAAUUAUAUACAGUUGCCCCUCCAAACUCACAGAUGUGGGAUCUGCGCCCUUGAAUAUCCUCAGAGGGUCGGCCUUCACUAUCUCCAAUGGCGCACACACAUUGGGGCGCACCCCAUUCAAGCCUAUAAGGCUUGAAUAUGCGCGGGCCUCCGUUUGCGCGGCUUCGCCCUCCAGAAAAGAUCCCCCUCGAAAAUGGACGGUCAAUUGUAUAUUGUUGUAUAUUAUUAUUAUUAUUAACCUUUAUUUAUAAAGCGCUGUAAAUUUACACAGUGCUGUACAUACAAUCUUUUAGUUAGACGGUUCCCUGCCCUCAGGCUUACAAUCUAAGUAUAUUGGAUUAUAUAUUGGAAUAAAAGGAGUACUGUGGCUGCAGUAGUAUAUUUUUGGAAUAAGAAAAGCUGCCAGUUGCUUCCAUUAGUGGUUAAUAAUAAUAAUAAUAAUAAUAAUAAUUAAUUUUUUUUAUUUUAUUUCUUACCUGCCUCUCCCCAAGGAGAGGGGUCCAGUGUAAUUUAAGUAUGAUCACGAAGUGGCGCUUCCAAAGCUAGAGGUAGAAUACCUCUGGAGUACCAAAUGCGGGGGAGAAGCAACCCAUAAGAGCUCUUGGCUUCAUAGCCUCCUGGUAGGCUUUUGGUCUGAAUCACUGCCCAGGAGUAAAUACGACUUUUCCAGAACCACCGUAAGAGGAGCUGAAAGGCAAACCUGUCCGGCUGGUUUGCUUCGGCUGCGGGGCAGGCUGGCCAGCGUGGCGUUGGUCAUAGCAAUGCAGCUGGUGACAUUCUCCAUAGACAGACCGCAGUGACAGGUGCCCAGGCAGGGUAGCCUGGUCCUCGGCACCUGCGUCAUCACGCCCUCGAGGUGUGCCAACCGAAAGGCCUGCCAAAGCAGGUGGCGUCGUUCUUGACGCAGCGCCCGAUCCCUGGAAACAUCUGCUCAGCCGCGUAAAACACUGGUACAGAUGGCAUAAGGGGAACAGUCAGGCUUUUAGAGUCAAAUAAACCCGAGGUGUCUCAAUACAUUUCAAGGGUUCUAUGGGAAGCAUCAGCAGAGGAUACAUACCACAUUAAUGCCUGUAACUUGUACACUUGAAGGUGCCUGAAACGCAAGGCUUUAAACGCCAUAAUUUGUCAGCUGUAGCUCUGCGCCGUGAGCUAGAAGCCUGGCUUUUCCUGGCCUUAUGCGGUGAGGCUUUUCUCUUGUAGACUCACCUGUAGAGGGAAGGCUCCGUGUGUCAAAACACGGAGGUAGGCCUGUUCUGCAUAGAAACGGGAUUUUAGCGUGUGCCCCAGGAAAAUACCAUUUCCCUCGGAAAGCUGUGCAUUCCUGAAAAGGUUUGUAUUUGCUUCCUGACUUGAAUCGGCAACUAAAAGCCUGGCACAUUUGCAGAACAUUUGUAGGUACCGUUAACUUUUUUUGCACUUGGUUUCGUAAGUGAAUAAGUGCUCGCUCUUUCUUUGUGUAUUUGAGUUGCUUUUGAAUUGCUUCCCAUAUUUUUAUUUCAUACAAACUGAACAAUUGUGGCCCCUCUAUUUUAUUCAUAAAGGUUCAGUGUAUCUUUGCCUGCCUACAUCAAUCUGCAAGGGAGUUGCAGAAAAGCCUCAUGUUCAUCGAGCCGUGAGUCACAACCAAUUUUUAAAGCUGUUAUAACAACAAAAAAAGUGUUUGCUGCUUUUUUUUUUCUCUCACAAGUAACUUUUAAAAGUGUAGCUUAGAAAAGAAGGAUAAAAAAAGGGAACGACAUUAGACACAACAUUAAUCCUGGAUGCUUGCAAGUCCUGAGUUAUAGUCAUACACAGACUAGCUUUUGAAAAACAGUUGUCACAUACCAUUACCACUUUGCCUUUACUCUUUAUGUAUCAUUCCCCUGACUUCCUUACUGCAGGUAUGGGCAAGAAAGCUUUUCCUUUAAAACUUUUCAACAGCGGGCAUAAAAUUCUGCAGCUGAGGUCUUGAAGAAUGCAGAUGGGUAUAGUAUGUGUUGGAGCUCGCAGUGUGUAUUAACUAUCCCAAAUGUGAACUAUUUUAUGGGGGUGGGAAAGGGGAGGGAUAAGGCAAAUCCCGUUUUUAAGCUCAGUCGCAAUUGUCUUGGCAGCCUUUACAAACUCACCGUGUGAAAGGCACUUAUGAAUACUCAGUACUUAACCGAAAACAUACUGGAUUCAUAAACGGCUGCCUAUUAAAAUCCCUUGCUGUGGGUCUGCCUUGUGAUUCACGGCCUUUGGAUAGCGUGUUUUGAUUCCUCUCGGAGCUUUGUUCUCCAUGUAAAGUAAUACAGAAACCUUUGUGGUUUUGAUCCAGAUUGCCCUUUUCUGACUCUGCUGUCUUUUUAUGUAGACGUCUGGCAAUUGACAUAGUUUUGGUCAGCACCAUGCUUAGCAAGUGGUGCGCAUAACAUUAAAUGCUGUGCUUAGUCCAGUUCUUGGUUGUGAAAGGAAAAAUGAAUAUAUUCCAUAACGUAUGCUUUUGUAGUUUUCCCAGCUGUUCUGGGGUCCGUGAAGUAUUUUAACCUGCAUAAUGAAGCAAAAUAAAACGCACCACGUCUUGAGAUGCUCGGUCAUCCUUUUUAACGUUUUUCGUAUUUAUAACUGAACAUGAAUUUCAGGCGAUGAAACCAGGCAAAGGGUGAAGUUCACAGAUGAACGUGUCUGCAAGAGCCACCUCCUGGACUGUUGCCCUCAUGAUAUCCUUGCCGGAACGCGCAUGGACUUGGGAGAGUGCACAAAAAUUCAUGAUUUGGCACUAAGAGCCGAUUAUGAGAUUGCAAGUAAAGAGAGGGACCUCUUCUUUGAGCUGGAUGCAAUGGAUCACUUGGAAUCUUUCAUUGCUGAAUGUGACAGAAGAACUGAACUAGCUAAGAAACGGCUUGCAGAAACACAGGAAGAGAUCAGUGCUGAAGUGGCUGCAAAGGCAGAAAAAGUUCAUGAACUAAAUGAAGACAUUGGCAAACUCCUGGCUAAAGCUGAGCAACUGGGAGCUGAAGGGAAUGUGGAUGAAUCCCAGAAGAUAUUGAUGGAAGUUGAGAAAGUGCGAGCAAAAAAGAAAGAAGCUGAGGAAGAGUACCGCAAUUCUAUGCCUGCGUCCAGUUUUCAGCAACAGAAGCUGCGUGUCUGUGAAGUUUGUUCUGCAUACCUGGGUCUCCAUGACAAUGAUCGCCGUCUUGCAGAUCACUUUGGAGGCAAAUUGCAUCUGGGCUUCAUUCAGAUCCGUGAGAAACUGGACCAGUUGCGGAAAACUGUAGCAGAAAAACAGGAGAAGAGGAAUCAGGACCGAUUGAGACGAAGAGAAGAAAGAGAGCGGGAAGACCGCGUGGGACAGCGGUCUGGAUCAAGAAAUAGAGAUCGCAGAAGGUCUCGAUCUCGAGAGCGGAGACGGAGACGCUCAAGAUCUGCUUCCCGUGAGAAGCGGAAAUCCCGCUCCAAGUCCCGAGAACGGGAGAGGCACAGGCGCCACCGCAGCCGUUCUCGCAGCCAUAGCAGAGGCCACCGCCGGGGAUCCAGAGACAGGAGUUCCAAACACAAAAAAGAAGUUUGGACAAUUAGGAAAUGAGGAAGACCCUGUAAUUACUAUUGCUAAAGAGCAGGUCCUCUAGAGAUCGGUCUUCCAGGGAGAAAUCACGGGAGAGAGAGAAGAAAGAGAAGAGCUCUUCUGAAAGACGGCAUGAGAGCACCAAUGGCAAAUCUCGUUCGAAGAGGUCAGAAGAGCGGGAGGCUGGCGAGA